AUGACACCACUGUGGAUUCUUGUCCUAGCUCUGAACACAAUAUCUCCAGCCCAAUCUUUGGAUUUUUCCAGACCAUCAUUUAUCUCAGUGAAGUCUGGAGAACGUGUUACUCUUAACUGCCCAUUUGGAGGCAUGAAUAGGGCUGAAAGUGUGUUUUGGUACAAACAAAUAUUUGGAGAAAUGCCUCAAAAAGUGGGAGAAAGAAUAACAUAUAAGGAAGUCAAAAUUUCCUCCACGUUCAAGACGUCAGGAUUUAAUAUGGAUGUGACUGAUAACGGCAUUUCUCUGACAAUCUCACAUGUAAAAAAAGAACAUGGAGGACUUUACUACUGUGAACAAUCUUACCUUGAUGAUGUUACAUUAUCCGGUGGAACACUCUUGGCUGUAACAGGAGAUGGAGUUGUAAAAGUGUCAGUGUUACAGAGCAGUGUGUUGGACUCGGUUCCUGCAGGAGCGUCAGUGACUCUGCAGUGCUCGGUUCUCUCUGAGAGCAGAGCAGCAGAUCUCCAAGUGCUCUGGUUCAGAGCUGCUCCAUCACAAUCCCAUCCUCAAAUCAUUUACACUCAUCACAACAGCAGCCAUCAGUGUGAGAGCAGCUCUUCUACACACACCUGCGUGUACAGCUUCUCCAAGAACAUCAGCCUCAAUGAUACUGGCACUUACUACUGCGCUGUGGCCGUGUGUGGGAAGAUCAUUUUUGGGAACGGGACACGAGUACAAUUAAAAACACCUUCACUCAUACAAUCUGUGGAUCCUGUAGUGAUCUUUCUCGCUGUAGCUUUGGGAGUGUGUGUGGUUGUGAUCUUUGCUCAUGUCGUAAGCUAUAAAGGGAGAAACUGUGAUUACUGCAGUGUGAGAUCUCAUCAAUGUUCUGUUGUAGAGAAAACACUGAAUCAGGGCCGUUCUGCUGUCGAGGUCAAUUUCUCUGCUUUACAUUUCAAAGACAGGAAACUCAAACCACAAGAUAGUGUGUAUUCUGAAGUGAUAUACUCCUCUUUUGCUUAGAAUAUAUUUCAGUAAUGCUUUAUAUUGAGCAUGAUAUUACUGCACCCGUCACUCACUGUUUCAUGAAUGCAUUGAUCAAUAGUAAAUCUAGAGCAAGUCUUACAUGUAUUAUUAUUAUUAACUUUUCUGUAGCUGUAAGUAGAAGAAUUCAGUAGUUUGAAGUAAAAGUAAGAGGAAAGAUCAGAUGAAAGCUCAUAACAUCUGAAAUCACUUUAAACUAUUAGGAUUGUUACAGUCCCAUGCCGAAUGUAGGUGCACUCUACAGAAUUUCUGUAAUUUCUACAAUAAAAUGUUGUGUUUAAACAAGUGUGAUCAUUUUAAUAUAUUUUACUUAUUUCAAUACAGCAACCUGAAAAAAUUAAAUUUACUGUAAAACUACGACCCAAAAGCAUUUACAUGAAGAAGCAAAGGCCUUCAUCUUUUCCUGGCUGUUAGUAA